CUCCAAGCUCGAGUCACCUUUCAACGCGAACUCACUCACCCCAACCACGUCUGAAAUCGACAGUCCCAGGCUUCAAAUCAAACCAUCGACGACAAUUAGACGACCGCGAAAUCAAUCAAACCAACUAGCAACACAUCGAAAAUGUCUGGGCGAGGCGGCCGAGGAGGGCGCGGGCGUGGUGGGCGUGGGCGUGGUGGUCCGCCAACAAAUGGCAGGAGGGCCGUUGCGCAAAAUAGCGUGCCGUGGGCGAUGGACUCGGACAUCGUACUAGACGGCAAGCCAUCCGAACAAUUCCCCCCAUACGACGUCCCCAAAGCACCGCUCCUCUCCAAAAAAGAAGACAAGCAAGUCUCCUACUUCCUCCUCUUCCGCGAGCAAUGCCAGGACAGCCCGCUCUACACGCAGGCGCGCAGCCGGAUGCAGGCGACGGCGGGCCCGGCGGGCGCGGGGCGCACGUACGGGCAGGAGCAGGUCAACAAGCGGUACGGGCAGGUGACCAAGGCGACGGUGGACCCCUUCACGGCGGUGCCCGUCUACUCGCACCGCUUCAAGAAGGUGCCGCGCACCCUGCCCGACCUCGGCUCCCGCCCCUUCGCCCAAGAGUUCUUCCCCCCCGAGCUGCACCCCACCCUCGAGGGCGACGACGAGCCCGCGGGGCCCGCUGCUGCGAAGCGCCGCCGUGUUGGGCCCAAGACUUUGGGGCUGUCGAAUAUCACCUCGUAUAAGACGGCCGAGGAGCUGUUCCGCCCUGACGCCCCGCUGUUGAAUGGGGAUGGGAACUUGAACAAGGCGUUGGAGUUGUUGAGCGCGGUGGAGAAGCGGAACGAGGACGGCGAGGAGGCAUUCCUGUCCGGGGAGGAUGAUGACGACUGGGUAAAGGGCAACGGUGAGGACGGGGAGGAUGCGGUCGGGGAUGAGGACGAUGUGUAUGAGGACGAGUCCGGGGAUGACUACAAUGCGGAGGCGUACUUUGAUGGGAACCAGGACGACGAGGACUACGAUGAGGGCGGGGAUGAAGGGGCUGAUUAUUUCUAAGUUUGGGGCAAAAUGGACGGAAGGUUCAGGUUGUUGUGGCUGGUACUAACUAGUAUUGCACUUUCGGCGUACGAUAUCGGGAUAGAUGCGUGGGCAAAAGCCGGGACAUGGCGAAUGAUACCUUCAUGGAGUUGACCUACACAUAUGGCGCGCAAUAAACACAAACCUGCGGUGGCUGGAUAUUUCACAAU